AUGGCUUCCAUGCCUCUUACCAGCCUGCUCAAGGCGACGAACACAGCUGCCUUCGAAAGGGCCACCAAGCACCCGUUCCUAGAAGCAGCCGGGAAAGGGGAAAUACCAAAAGAGAGAUUGUCACAAUGGCUCGCACAGGACCGAUUAUACGCACAAGCAUAUGUGCGCUUCAUUGGCGCACUGCUCACCAAGGUCGUAUUGCCGCCCUGUAAUCCCAAUAGCCGACAGUGCCGCGCAGCAACAACAGAGCAACAUAUCUUCGAUAUACUACUGGAAUCCCUAAACAAUAUCCACCGGGAACUGAAGUUUUUUGACGAGGUUUCAAUGGAAUACGGCCUUGAUGUCACUGCAUUGACACAGGAGCAACUUGAGAACAGUCAUGCAGGAGCAGGGUUUUUCGAGCCUCACCCUAUUACACACGCAUACAUUGAUCUGUUCAUGUCAGCGUCUAGUCCCGGAGUGACGUUGGUGGAAGGUCUAACCGUGCUCUUCGCAACGGAGUAUGCCUAUCUGCAUGCCUGGAAGCACGCCGCAUCUGUUAUGGCGGCCUCAUCAAUAUGCCGCACAACCCAGCCGUCGCCGGCAUCUUUCUCGACGGGUCCUGAAAGAGAUCAGGAUGGCGGUGCAUUACGUCGGAAGUUUAUCCCGAACUGGUCGAAUCCUGAGUUUGAGAAGUUUGUCAGUAGACUCGCAGACGUCACAGAUGAAGUGGCUGGGAGUUUGAAGGGGGUAGAGGUUAUUGAGAAAACCAGGGGAAGUUGUGUUGGGUGGUGGAGGCAGGUACUUUGGUUAGAGGAGCAAUUCUGGCCGCGGAUUAACUGA